CAAAUGCCUCCAUAUUGUCCUAUUAAAAAUAAAUAGGUAAGGAGAGUGAGAAAAUAGAGAGGGUAGCUAGCUAGCUAGUGUGAGACAUGGAAAGGUUCAGCAACACUGGGCUCGGAUUCUUGAACUUUUUGACACUCUUGGCAUCAAUACCCAUCAUUGGUGCUGGUCUAUGGAUGGCAAGGAGCAGCACAACUUGUGAAAAUUUUUUCCAAACCCCACUUUUAGUGAUAGGGUUUGUGGUGCUGGUGAUUUCACUAGCAGGGUUCAUAGGGGCAUGCUUUCAUGUGGCUUGGGCGUUGUGGGUGUACUUGGUGAUCAUGCUGUUCCUCAUAGCAGCACUCUUUGGGUUUACAAUAUUUGGGUUUGUUGUGACUGGCCAGGGUGGGGGAGUGGAAGUGCCUGGUAGGGCUUAUAAAGAGUAUCGUCUCCAGCGUUAUUCACCUUGGUUGAGGAAUAGGAUAAAUGAUCCUCAAUAUUGGAGCACUAUUAGAAGCUGUAUUUUUGGGUCUAGGACUUGUGCAAAGCUUGCAUAUUGGACCCCUCUUGAUUUCAUGCAGAGGGAUAUGUCUCCAAUACAGUCAGGAUGUUGUAAGCCACCAACAGCAUGCAGUUACAACACAGAAACAGUGAUAGUGAGCCAAGAUCCGGAUUGCUACCGUUGGAACAAUGCCCCCACUCUUCUUUGCUACGAUUGCGACUCAUGCAAGGCUGGUGUACUCGAAAACAUCAGAAGGGAGUGGCACAACAUCUCUGUUCUUAACGUUGUCGUGCUUGUGUUUCUCAUUGCCAUUUACUCCAUUGGCUGUUGCGCUUUCAGAAAUGCAAGAAGAGCUCUCACUGACUAUCCACACGGCCAAAACCGCAUGACCAAAGUUAAACCUAGAUGGGAUUAUUAUUGUUGGAGAUGGUGGUAUAACAAGAAGGAAGAGCUUUUUUAAGCUCUUGUACUUAUCAUGUGUGUUCUUGUUCUUGGGUAAUCAAAAGAGGGGACAAUUCACUGGUUUCUUGGUGAAUGCAAGGUCGCAGAGAAGAAUUCAAGGGCUUUUUCUUUUUUUCUUUUUGUGUUUUUUUUCUUGUUUUUUGGGUUUUUUUUGUUUUUUGUUUUUUUUUACUGUCAUCUCGCUUUUGUACAUAUCGUUUAGCUUUAUCACGAAAGUUAUACCAGAACUGUGCUUUUCCACUUUAUUUUUAUA